AUGGACGCUGUUCCGUGGAUUACCUAUGAUACCUCCUGUAGGGGGAACACCUUGACACAUCACGAGCCAUGUCAGCAUAUCAUCGAGAACGUCAAGAGUGACACCAAACCAUCCUAUAUCACUCUUUUAGGGAAAAGAUCAAAAGCAGUCCUUCUAGCUCAUUUAUUAGGUAAGGCUGCAGAUGUACCUGUCCAUAAGCAAGUAUAUCUUUGGUGUUCGCCACGACUACGAAGCGGCACUACGCCGAUUGUUGUCAUCGACUGCAACAUCCAAAACACGAACGCACCAGACCCCAACCCCAUCCGUCAGACAAGAAAUGCAACAGUAUUGACUAUUUCCAACACCAACAACAUCGGCGCUACAUUAUGUGGGAAUAUUUUCUCGCUGUUUUCAAGUGUGGUCUGUUGUUUUGUUGACGAUUUUGGCGGGCUUGCGGCUGUCGCCGAUUGGCUCGCUGAGCAGCUAGUUGCGAUGCCGGCAUCCGACUUGCGCACAGUACCCCGCAUCUUGUUGGUUAUGGAAAUAUCAUCGGACUCGUUUGAUGAGAGCAUAGCUGCCAAUAAGGCUAAAAGUCUUAUAAUUAACGCUCUGGAAGGCAAAAAGGGCUAUUUGAAUGCGCAACGCGACAUAAAGCUCCGUCUAGGUGAGAUCAAUGUUCUAGGGUUACGGUCUUCCAAGUCCACUGCUGUUUGUGCACGAUCUUUGAAGCGACGUUUGCUAGCACUAUCCCAAACUGCGAUGCGCGAACGAGCCAAUUCACAUAUACAAUUCAGCUUCUCUCACUUUCGCAACAUAUCCCUUGAAAUUCUACGCUGGCUUUGCGGUGAUUGUCCAAAGCCGUUCAGUCUUGUCGACGCGACUAGGCCCCUUGGAUUCUCGUGCGAUCUACUGCAGCAUUGCAUAGAAGAUUUCCUCAAGCAAAUGCCCUCUCAAGCCUGGCUGUGGCAUUUUGCGGCACCUCUGAUAGCAUCCGCUCUACUGCUCGCUAGCUACCCCCCGCGUGCACAUGACUAUCUUUUCGAGAAUAUCUACUCUGAACCCUGCCGUACUGCGAUUUCUUCGUAUACCCCUUUCGCAGGUAUUCAAAAGAAGUUUGUAGCUGCUAUACUUUGCGAAUUUCGUGCAAUGUUCACCGACUAUAAAGUUAAUGGGCUACCCUCUCGCGACAACCAUCGCAAAACUCUAACACUUCACCACACCCAUUUAGCUGAGUUCAGAAGCCAUCAAUCCUGCUUCAGCUGCUUCAUGCGAAUGCCUGAAAAGGUCCUGCCAUGCGGACAUGCUCUCUGCGAUGCUUGUAUCAGGACUUUGGGGAUACGCUCGCGAUUCGAGAAAAAUACAUAUGAUAUUCCUGAGUGUGUUCUAUGCGGUGUUAAUUACCGUAAUUCAACGUUUCGAUUCGUACCUCCUACUGCAGGAAUACGGAUACUUAGUAUUGAUGGUGGAGGUGUAAGAGGUGUCAUUCCGCUGGCUUUUCUUAAGCACAUUGAUUCGCUACUCGCUCCAUUGUGUUGCUCAGUAAAAGAUCAAUUUGAUUUCGUUUGUGGUACAUCGGCAGGUGGACUUGUAGUGAUUGGCAUGUUUCUGCUCCAAUGGAGUGCGUCUGAAUCCUUGGAAAGAUUCGAAGAUGUGGCAAGUAAGACAUUCGGGAGGCGAAAAGCACUAGUCACGAGAGCCUUUCAGUUGAUCAUGGGCUACGUCCAAGACGGCCAGUACAGUUUAGCAGCGAUUCAAGAUGCUUUCAGGAAAGCUUUCAACUCGCCGUUGCAGAUGUUCAACCCACUCAAGAACGAUACAAAGGUUGCUGUCACAACUACGACAGUUAAAGAUUCAUUACCUUGGCUCUUCACAAACUACAACGGCGGAAAAAGAUCUAAUAACAUAGGAUAUGAUGUUAUACGAGCUGACCGAGCUGAUAGUGAUAUCACUGUGAGCGACGCUGCAUGUUGUACUUCUGCGGCGCCUUGGUUCUUCAAACCCCAGGUUGUAGGAUCGUUAGGAGCUUUUCAAGAUGGCGGACUGCAACACAAUAAUCCAGCAAGCAUUGCGCAAUGGGAGAUGCAGUUCUUAUGGCCCAACAAACCCCAACCAGACUUCGCACUCUCGCUAGGAACGGGGACUUCAUCACCUACCGUGGUCAGUAAAUCACCGACAAUAUCGCGCUUUUACAUCCGGCUGUUCAAAAGUUUUAUGCGCAACCUUGACGGCGAAGACGCAUGGAAGCGUUUCUUGAAUUCGAUAUCGCCGAACGUACGGCAGCGCUUUCAUCGUCUUAAUAUCAGACUGGCUGGCCCUGAACCCAGUCUUGAUGACACGUUCGUAAUACCAGAACUUAAAAGCAAGGUAGCGCAAACUAUUGACGAAGACCGACCACGAAUAUCUAGUAUAUUUGACUCUAUGAUAGCAUCAAUAUUCUACUUUGAGUUGGACAACCUCCCAACACUUGGAAACACUGGUUAUGACUGCAGCGGAUUCAUAUUUUGUCGCCUAGAUAUACCCCCGGACGGUCUUCGCUACUUGUAUAAUCGCUUACUUACUACUGACUCGUGGUUCUUGAUCCAAGGUACUCCAGUGAGCUGUGUCCAGAACGGAUACGUACCUAAAAGCCUACCGCCUUUUCGGCGUCAUAUCAGCUUCCAGGUAGAAACGCUAGAAGAGAUGUUGACAAUCUCGAUCCGUGGUAUAAUAUCUAAGCCUUUACUUAUAAGUGGUUUUCCUACUACCAUUCAGAAGCUUAUUGAGGCUCAGCAACUUGAUAGCCCAUAUGGAACUGUCGACCAUGUUGAUCAAAAACCGCUGCCUACUAUUCCGCGGAAGCGAUCUGCCAAAAGUCCACAUUGGAUUACUCGUGGUAUGAAGCGGGCUUGUAUAUAG